UUGAUAAUUGUUUUCAGUUGGGUGAUAUUUGUUAUGGAUGGCUUUCAGCACUGCUCCUCAGUUUUCUACAGUGCGUGUUAAUUUGUGUGAUAUUCGCAAGUCUCCGUCAGAAAUAAAAGAAUACGCCAUCUCAUUAUUGGGACCUGAUUUCGAGGCUGAGUUUCAUCCACAGUACAAAGAGGUUCUCAUAAUAACGCACAAAAGUUACAAGAAAACUGAAACAGACGGAAAUUAUGGUCAAAUAGAAGCAGCGCCGAGUAAAUGUGUUGUGGUCGGCGGAGACUGCGGGAAUGCAGUGUUGCGGGGUGCGCACGUGUUCAGUGUUGGAGUAGUGGCUAUCGAUGGCGAUGCAGGUGAAGGUGAUGUUGUUUCCGUGUAUGCUGACAUCAAAGGUGAAAUGUCCCGAGGCUCAAAAUGCAAGAAGCAGUCUCUCGAAUUAGAUGCUGAGCAAUUCGUAUUUGUCGGAAAUGGAACACUCUUGGUCAAUCGAGAGGACAUUUUUGGAUCCAUCCGUGCUCAGGACGUCAAAGGAAUCGCUAUAAGAAUGUUGAACAAACUCUUGCCAUCCCUGAACAACUUGCCUUCCGGUCUAUUUUUUCCUCAGAAUUUCCCAUCUCUCUUUUGUUCACGUGUGGUCGACCCAAGUGGAGCUGAUUGGGUCUUGGACAUGUGUGCUGCUCCCGGGGGAAAAGCAGGUCAUCUGGCCUACUUGAUGAAAACUAAUAGCAAAGAAAGUGACCCGCAUUGUGGAGGAAAAUUAAUUGCGAUUGAUCGAACAAAAAGUAAAGUUGAUAAGAUGUCAAAACAUUUCAAAGAAUGGAAUCUGGAAAACACUGCAACUGCCUUUUGUGCCGAUUCAUCCAAAUCCGAAUUUGUCAACUUGUGUUUGAACUCAAAUGACCUUCAACAUGCAGUUCAACUUCGGCCUCAAAUGUUUGAUAAAAUACUUUUAGAUGCUCCUUGCAGUGGAUUAGGCAAGCGGCCCUAUCUGCAAAGAGAUAUAGUAAAGAACAAACUUGGAACAUUUCACACUUUUCAGCGAAAGUUCAUCAAAAAUGCUGUUCAGCUUUUGAAACCAGGGGGUGUGUUGGUGUAUUCAACGUGCACAACAGUGUUGGAUGAAAAUGAAAAUCAAGUAAACUGGGUUUUAGAAAAUGUUUCUGAUAAACUGAAGUUAGUUCCCUGUGCGCCAAACUUGAACAAACCUGGAAGGUCAAAUUCAGAAUUGAAGGCUGAAAUGUUUGGGAAUAUGGUGCAAUAUUUCCCUCCAGACAAAACUGAUGUUUUCUCUUUUCAUCCUUGUGAAGGUGAUACAGUUGGCUUCUUUGUCGCAAAAUUUGUUAAGCUGUAAU